CUACCGGCGACCCUGCAGGAGCGUUUUUUGCGAAUAAAGAAGAAGGUUCGAGAGGCUAUCGAGUCCCGGCACACGUUCAUGAUUUACGGUAAAUCACGGGUGAUCCGUGAGUGCAUGUUGUCGAGAGGAUGGUGCGAAAAGUUCUACAGGAAGCCAACGAGCAACGGCGAUCGUAUGAUCGGGACGAGCUUGGAAGCGAGUCCGGUGACUUUGCUCGCUGGAAUCGGUGAUCUCAAAGAUCCUCAGAGCGAGCGUUUACUCAUAUCGCGCAUGCUCGCCGACAACACCGUUGAUUUUUUGUGGAAUUCCGGCUCCGAAUGGGCCGGAUGGCCUUCUCGAGAAAACGGAACGACUCUUUUUAAUCGUUAUUGCAGAGCCGCUUUCACCUCUAAAGUAGGACUCUGUUCCAGCGUCAGACAAAUGUAUUGGUAUUACGAGGCUGACGUCGCUAACACGCUGUUCCCGAGAUGCUACAACGUCUGCCAGAGCGACCAGAUGCACGCUUUCGUCGAGGACUUUCGCUUCACGGCUUGUCUGAGUCUUCUCAAAUGGCUCGUGGAGACGAUCGACAACGACGGUGAAAACGCAGCUCGCUCAACCACCGGUACGAUUCCCCUGAAAGCAUUAGAUUUUGCGAUUAGAAGGUGCACCGAUUACAUGGGGGCUCGUUGCCACGAGGACAUCGAUCGAGAGCUCGAGAGAGUCUGGUCCCACCAGUGGGACCAAUUCAUUCGGUGGUAUUACAAAAUCGUCCACGGGGAAUCGGUCUUCGUUCUCAACGACGUUCCCAUCGACAAAUACUUCCUCGCCUCUCGACACGUUCUCAAAAAAAUUCGCAAGUUUCGGCAACAGCUCGACAUGGACGGAACGAUGAACGUGUGGAUUUUGAAACCCGGUAACAAAAGCCGCGGACGUGGAAUCGUCCUCGUCAAUAAACUCGAGGACGUCGUCGCCCGCAUCAAUCCUGCCAACAAAACUGACACGCGUUACGUCGUACAAAAAUACAUUGAGAGGCCGAUGCUGAUUCACAGCACGAAAUUCGACAUAAGGCAAUGGUUCAUUGUAACUUGUGCUCAGCCUUUGACGCUCUGGAUGUACAGGGAAAGUUAUUUACGUUUCUGUUCCCAAAAUUAUCGAUUGAGCGAUUUUCACGAGUCCAUUCACCUGUGCAACAAUGCGGUGCAGUGUAAAUACAAAAACAGUCCGGACCGGGACCCAGCGCUUCCGGUUGACAAUAUGUGGGACGCGACAACCUUUAAACAAUAUUUGAAGGAGCAGGGUCACGGGGAAGCUUGGGAUGACUUGAUAUACCCGGGAAUGAGGCAAGGUCUCGUGGGUUCUCUCCUCGCGAGCCAGGAAGCCAUGGACCGUCGUAAAAACAGCUUCGAACUGUACGGAGCUGAUUUUAUGCUGAUGGACGAUUUUUCUGUCUGGCUCAUCGAGAUCAAUAGUCAUCCUGACAUGAGCUACUCGUCGAGCGUUACCACGAGACUUUGCAAACGGGUGAUGGAAGACACGAUCAAGGUCGUCAUUGAUUUACGAGAGGACAAAAACGCGGACACGGGUCUCUUCGAACUGGCCUAUCGACAGAAAAUGCCGAGUUGCCAGCCUUAUCCGGCAGCGGCGCUUUCCCUGCAGGGAACGCGGAUCACCGGCGGCGAGAAAAAGCCCGAUUUUCUGAGCUCCAGCGGUUCUGGAACGAGGCUCGAUAUCGCCGCCAAAUCGGCCAAUGUUUGUCCGACGAAGACGCCGAGCAAAAACAUCGCCCACGGUUACGUAGGCCCGGUUAUCGUCGAUCUCAUCGAAGAACUGGAGCUCAGGCUGGAUCGGGAGUUUCUAGCGCGUUGCAACCUCGACUCCUCUGCGAGAUCCCGGCCCAAUUUCAGUAUCGCAUCGGCUCCCGUUACAGGAUCAUCCUCCAAAAUUUCCCUCGCUCUUGUCAAGCCGACGGAGGAGCCGGGGAAGAAAGAGGACGAGAACGAGGCCAAGACAACGACGACGGCGUCCGAAAAUCGGCCGCGCAGAGCUUCCACGCGACGAAGCAAACCGCCGAAGACCGCUGAUCCUCUCGUCGAGUCCCACGGCCCCAAUCUCGUAUCCAAAAUCGUCCAGCUUCAACGCGAGUCCGCGCACGUCGCAGCCUCUUCCGUAAACUCCCGAAAAUCCCCGGGGAAAUCCGGCACCGGUAAGGCGUUGGGAUCCAAAGAGAAAAAGAACUUUCGCGUCAUCGAUUCGGCGAUGCGAGACGCCGCCACCAGGUACAAAAAGUUCGGAGCACGCAUGUCCCUGGAAAAUUCUCGCGGAAUUCCUCCUCCGAUCUCCACCGCGACGUCUUCGUCUCCCGCACGCGCGAUCCUCGCCAGCACCGCUAACAGCGAGAGCCUCAAAACUUCUCGUCGGACGAAAUCCACUCAUCGAAAGCGCAGCAAAGUUCCUACCGACGUCGAUAAUAUGUACGCCGUCGGUCUUGGCUUGUCAAAAUAAAUCAUGAAAAAAUUAUUAAGUGUUAUUAUUGUAAUAAAGAGUAUUUUUCUCUCGUUGAGGAACAAAAAUAUAUUUGGGGUCUAGCGAA